AUGGUCCUCAUAGGCACCGCCACCCUCACCGGGUCUCGGUACGGCAACCUGAACCAGGACUUUGUGGUGGUGGAGCAGCUGCUGACCGCGCGGCAGAUGAAGGCCCUGAAGCUGCCGCAGUGCUACGUGGCGGCCGUGCUGGACGGGCACGGGAUGCUGGGCGAGGACGCCUCGCGCGAGGCGGGGCGCGCCAUCGCCGCCUCGCUCCGCACCGCGCCCGCGCUGCACACGCGCGGCCUGGCGGCGCUGUCCGACGCGGAGGUGGAGGCGCUGCUGGGCGCGGCCUUCCAGGCGGGGCACAAGGCCGCGCUGGGCGUGGCCGCGCACGCGCCGGGGGUGUACACCUACCCGCGCGGCGCGCGCGGCGCGCAGACCUACGUGCUCAAGUCCCUGGACGGCGGGGACAAGGCGUACAUCGACCCCCACCUCGGCGCGCGCAUCCUGGAGUACGGCACCACCGCCACGGUGGCGCUGGUGCAGGGCCGCGCGCUGGCGCUGGCCAACGUGGGCGACAGCCUGGCGGUUGUGGGGCGCGAGGAGGGCGGCGCCUACCACGUGGACCUGGUGUCCACGCGCCACUACGGCGCCGACUCGGGGGAGCGCGCGCGGCUGGCGGCCGAGGUGGGCGACGCCGUGGCGGUGGAGAGCGAGGACGGGUACAUCAGCGUGCGGGAGGGGCGCAUGCGCGGCUACCAGCUGGCCAUGACGCGCGCGCUGGGGCACCGGCUGCUCAGCAAGCUCGGCGUGUCACAGGCCCCCUCCGUGGUGCGGCGCACGCUGGGGCCGGACGACCUCUGCCUCAUCCUGGCCUCCGACGGCGUGUGGGAGGUGUUCUCCCCCUCCGAGGCCGUUCUCACGCUGUGCGACCACCUGGCCGCGGGGCACUCCGCGCCGGAGGCCGCACUGGACCUCGUGCGCACCGCGGUGGAGGUCAGCGACGGCACCAACGUGGACAUCGGGGCGGACAACACCACCGCCGCCGUGUUUGUCUUUGACGACCUCCUGGACUGA